GGAAGAGGCUGACCAGUGUAAAGUGCAUGACAUCUGUAAACAGACUCCAGUCUUUUCGAAUUGUCUCCAGGGUUGGAUGAAUUAUAGCAAACGUUAAAAAAAUAAUAACUGAGCAGGUGGACACUGUCAAAAUGUUGUGGAGUAAAGCCUUCUGCCACAACACUGUGCUCCUCCUGAGCCUGUGGUUCUGUGUGGAAGCAGUGCCCAUCGCUGUGGACAAGACUGAAGUGGAAACCCCAGAGGAGAAACUGGAGGCACCACAGAGUGUGGACACCGGGCUUCACUAUGACCGCUACCUCAGGGAAGUCAUUGAUUUCCUGGAGAAGGACCAGCAUUUCAGAGAGAAGCUCCACAAUACAGACAUGGAGGACAUUAAGCAAGGCAAGCUGGCCAAAGAGCUGGACUUUGUCGGCCAUCAAGUGAGGACCAAACUGGACGAGCUGAAGAGGCAGGAGGUGAACAGGCUAAGGAAGCUCAUCAAAGCCAAACAAGAUGCUGAGGGAGGCCAUGAAAUGAACCACAAGGCGCUGCUCAAGCAGUUUGAGUACAUGAAUCACAUGAACCCACACACCUUUGAAGUGGAGGACCUGGAUAAGCUUAUUCAAUCGGCUACUAAUGACUUGGAGAACUAUGACCAGAAGCGUCACGAGGAGUUUAAGAGGUACGAAAUGAUGAAGGAGCACGAGAGGAAGGAGCACUUGAAGAACCUCGACGAGGAGCAUCGCAAAGACGAGGAGCAGCACUAUGAAGAGCUGAGGAAGAAACACGCAGACCAUCCUAAAAUCAACCACCCUGGCAGUCAGGACCAGCUGAAAGAGGUCUGGAAGGAGUCAGAUGGUUUGGACCCAAAUGACUUUGACCCCAAGACCUUCUUCAAACUCCAUGACACCAAUGGAGACAGCUACAUUGAUGAGCAGGAGCUUGAAGCCCUGUUCACUAAAGAGCUGGAGAAGAUGUACAGACCCAAUCUAGAUGAGGAUGACAUGACAGAGAUGGAGGAGGAGAGACUGCGCAUGAGGGAACACGUCAUGAAUGAGGUAGACACCAACAAGGACAGACUGGUCUCCCUGGAGGAGUUCCUGAUGUCCACAAACAAGAAAGAGUUCUUAGAGCCAGACAGCUGGGAGACUCUGGAGCAGGCUCCCGCGUACACCGACGAGGAGAUGAAGUUGUUUGAGGAGCAGCUGGCCCAGGAGGAGAGCAACCUCAACCAGAAGAACUCAGAUCUGCAGAAACAGAAGGAGGAGCUGGAGAGGCAGCAGGAGAAGCUCAAUGCCCAGAAAGCUGAGCUGCAGCAGGCUGUGGAACACAUGCAGAUAAUAAAAUCGGAAAAAGCAAACGCCGCCAUUGACGUUAAAGAUGGCGGCUCUACAGUAGCAGUGCCCCCUGGAGGUCAAGCAUUGCCAGUACUACCAGGAGACAGCCUACCUCUACCCCCUGGUCACCAGCAACACUUACCUGCAAGCUCUUAGCAGGCCCGGAAGCUUUUUCUGUGUGUUUGAGUGUUUGUGUGUACAUAUAAAUCUCGCAGUGAAUCA